AGUGUUUUUGUUUCUUUCGCACCCUCCCUCCCCUUCCCAGUACCUAAGUCCUUCCUCCCUAAUCAAGUUCAUUCAAGACCUGCGAGGAGGUGACAUGGCUCUGGAGACAUCUGGGUGCAGCCUUCCUGCAGUGUCACUUUAUUGAUGAGCUGUGGACAGGCGGUGAGGAGCUGCUGGUUGAGCUCCGGCAUUCACUGACAAGAUGUCAACGGUAACAUUUGCUCCCAGGGCAGAGGUCGUUGAAGUCAAUGGGUUUAAAAAAACUGAAGAGAAAGUGCAGAUUGAUGAUGGGAAGAAUGAAACAGAGGAGCCAGCAACAUGGACCAACAAGCUGAGAAAAUUGAUUUCUCCCAUUGUCAUGUCAUUUGGAUUGAGGGUAUUAGGGGUUGUCCUUAUCAUUGUGGAUUUUGUGUUUGUAAUUGUGGAUCUCUCUGUUACAAACAAAAGCAAAGAGACAGCAACUAUCAUAUCUAGCAUUUCCUUAUCCAUUUCACUCUUCUUCCUGUUGGAUGUUCUGCUGCACAUUUUUGUGGAAGGAAUUCAGAAGUACUUUAGGUCUAAGCUGAACAUCUUUGAUGCUGCCAUUGUUGUGGUCACUCUCAUAAUUACGCUGAUAUAUGCCUUCACGGAUUUCAGUGGAGCUACCAAUAUUCCAAGAAUGGUUAACUUCUUCCGAGCCUUGAGAAUAAUUAUCUUGAUCAGAAUAUUCCGUCUGGCUUCUCAGAAAAAACAGCUUGAGAAGGUCACUCGUAGAAUGGUUUCUGAAAACAAAAGAAGAUAUCAGAAGGAUGGAUUUGACCUGGACCUCACUUAUGUCACUGACCGGAUAAUUGCGAUGUCAUUUCCAUCAUCUGGAAAACAGUCUUUUUAUCGGAAUCCUAUAAAGGAUGUUGCACGAUUUUUGGACUCCAAGCAUAAAGACCACUACAAGAUAUACAACUUGUGCAGUGAAAAGGGCUAUGACCCAGAAUUCUUCCAUUACAGAGUGGAGCGAUACUUUAUAGAUGACCACAAUGUCCCGGUUUUAGCGGACAUGUUGAAGUUCACAGCCAGUGUACGUUCUUGGAUGGCACAGGACCCAAAGAAUGUUAUAGCCAUUCACUGCAAAGGAGGAAAAGGCAGGACUGGCACCAUGGUUUGCACGUAUCUUGUUGACUCAGACCAGUUUGAGAGUGCAAAGGAAAGUCUGGAUUAUUUUGGAGAACGUAGGACGGAUAUGUCAGUCAGCACUAAAUUCCAAGGUGUGGAAACACCGUCCCAGAGUCGAUAUGUUUGUUACUAUGAGGUUUUGAAGAACAAGUACAACUUACAGAUGCCACCAGAGAAAUCACUCAGGAUCCGAAGCAUUAGAAUCCACUCCAUUGAAGGCGUAGGAAAAAGCAAUGGGAGUGAUAUGAAGGUCCAGAUAAUAGUUAAGAAAGAAUUGGUAUUCCAGUGCGUUUGUGAGACUCAAGAAAAGUGCAAGAUGUUCUUUGAUGCUGGAAACAAUUCAGUGGUAAUCAGCUUAGAAGAGUGCCCCUACAUCUCCGGAGAUGUCAAAGUCAGAUUUGAAUCUAGUGCUGGUUUACCAAAGGGCUACGAUGAUUGUCCAUUUUACUUCUGGUUCAAUACUUCAUUCAUAGAAAAUAACAGGCUUUACCUUUCUAAAAACGAAUUGGACAAUCCUCACAAAGAGAAAUCGGGAAAACUCUACAGUGAUAAGUUUGCAGUGGAAUUAACCUUUGAAUCUUGACAAACCGUUUGACUUCCAGGCACAUCUCAAAAAUCUGCACCUCACUGUGAUAUGUAUUGAAGGAUCUGAAAGGCAUCAAUGUGCCAUACUGUUCUUAUUUGUAAUAUUAUAGACUUUUUAUACGGCUGUUAAUAUGUAGAUAUAUGCAUGCGUGAAUGAUGCCUUGUUUUUUUUAAGUAGGCGCUUUGGUUAGAUACUAAUUCGAGCUUGUGUUGAUGAUGACCACAUUUACCAUUCGUUGCAGUUUGGUGCAGUUUUUGACUGCAUUUACUGUACACCUCGCCUCUGUUUUUGUUUUCACUUCACACGUAUUUUCACUGCAUUUGUUGUUGUUUUUUUGCUAGUUUUUUUGCUGUGGUUUUCCAUAAAACUUACAGGAAAAGGUUUCUAUGAUUAAAACACAGCAAAAACAAAUGUAAAGAAACAGGAUAUGGCCUAAACCAUCCACCUGAUUCAGCUCGAAAGAACGUAUUUUUUUCAGUAAUUUCGAAAAAUCAUCCUCGUCAUCAUUUUUUUUCAUGACUGUAUUUAUAUAAAACUUUAUGUGAAAAUGUCCUUUACAAUAUUGUAUUAAAACACUAUAGUUUUGACAAAAAAAAA